AUGUUUAAUAACGCGAAGGAUGCUUUUCAAUUCUGUAUUUUUCCUAAAGAUCUGUACUAUAAGGUUACAAAGGUCGGAGAAGAAUCAGUUACGUGCAAUGAUGAUCAUCGGCCACGACAAAUCAAUAUAAAAUUUUCUUACAAAACUAUCUUUGAUUUGAUCGACCCCACAUAUAAUGAAUUAUUUUCUCGGAAUCAACAAGUUGUGGCAGAAAUCAAAAUUCGCAAAAUUUCAAAUUCUAUUUGCAUAGAGUAUGACCAGUUCCUCGACUAUAGCAAGGCUCAGGAAAUCCUCCUCGAGGCUGUUAAGACUUGGCCUCUUCACAGUUAUCAGAAUCACUUAUUUUUUGUCCAGACAGUAUAUUUUAGUUUAAUGGAAAUUGCUACAGGAAUGUCUCCAACUCACAAUCUGUUGCUUUUGCGUGUGGAUGCAUAUCUUGUUAUUCAUCACUUUCUUGAUAAUGCGUCCGGGUUUCGUCAAGUACUUCAGGAUUUCAUAGCGGAAAGCAAUGGUGUGGUUCCAGCUACUGAUAAUUCAAUUAAAUCCCUCAAGAGAAAGAGAAUUCAAGAUUAUAUUAAUGAUGGUGAAAGUUGCAGUAUAUGCCUCAAUGAGUUUUCUCAAGGGUCUGAAGUGACAUGCAUGCCGUGCUCGCACUCCUUUCAUUGCAAUUGCAUUGAUAAAUGGUUAAGGAAAAAUCAUACUUGUCCACUUUGCCGUUUUGAGAUGACAAUUAGUAUAGAUGCAUCUACAAAAUCUGCUUUAUGUUAA